AUGUUGGCCUCCGCCGCUACGGCUAACAUGAGCCGGAACUCCUUGUCUACGGUUUUUCAAAAGCGACGUUCCGUCGACCGACCACUUGUCAUGAGUCCAGACAAGCCCGUCCUGGGCACCCGGCCGCCGCCACCCGCGGCUAUUGUGCCCAAAUCCGUCGACGGGCCGCGGCCCCCCGGGUGGAAUGGUCAGCCACGGAGGCACGGCUCCAGUCGCUUUAGUGUGCACAGUCACAAUCAAGAGCUCGUCAAACUACCGCCUAUUAAAGAUGCGCCGGCAGCUGAAAGAGAACAGUUAUUCGUACAGAAGCUUCGACAAUGCUGCUUGCUGUUCGACUUCGCGGACGAGCCGCUGUCGGACCUCAAAUGGAAGGAGGUCAAGCGAGCAGCAUUGCUCGAAAUGGUGGAGUACGUGACCACUCAGCAGGAGGUUAUCACCGAUGCUAUUUACCCAGAGGCCGUUAGUAUGUUCGCGACCAACUUAUUCCGAACACUACCGCCAUCUUCAAACCCUAAUGGUGCAGAAUUUGAUCCAGAGGAGGACGAACCAACGCUGGAGGCCGCCUGGCCACAUCUCCAGCUGGUUUACGAGCUGUUCCUCAGGCUACUGGAAUCACCGGAGUUUCAGCCCAACAUUGCCAAGAAAUAUAUCGAUCAAAAAUUCGUUUUGCAGUUACUAGAGUUAUUCGACACAGAGGAUCCGCGGGAGCGCGACUUUCUGAAGACGACACUGCACAGGAUAUACGGAAAAUUCUUAGUACUACGCGCCUACAUACGGAAACAAAUUAAUAAUGUAUUUUAUAAGUUUAUAUACGAGACGGAACAUCAUAACGGUAUCGCGGAGUUAUUGGAGAUCCUAGGGUCAAUCAUCAAUGGUUUCGCGCUGCCGUUGAAGGAGGAACACAAACAAUUUCUACUUAAGGUGCUACUGCCACUACACAAGGCGAAAUCGCUGUCGGUGUAUCACCCACAGCUCGCCUACUGCGUGGUGCAGUUCCUCGAGAAAGACCCCUCCUUAACACAGCCCGUCAUUAGGGCAUUAUUAAAAUACUGGCCGAAGACACACUCACCGAAAGAGGUUAUGUUCCUCAAUGAGAUGGAGGAAAUUCUAGACGUUAUCGAGCCUGCGGAGUUCCAGAAGAUCAUGGACCCACUUUUUAGGCAACUGGCUCAGUGUGUCUCAAGUCCUCAUUUUCAGGUGGCAGAACGAGCGCUGUACUACUGGAACAACGAGUACAUAAUGUCCCUAAUAUCGGAUAACGCGACGCACAUCCUUCCCAUUAUGUUCCCGUCUCUAUACUGCAAUACCAAGACCCAUUGGAACAAGACCAUCCACGGGCUGGUGUACAACGCGCUCAAACUCUUCAUGGAGAUGAACCAGAAGCUGUUCGACGAGUGUACGCAGCUGUACAAACAGGAAAAACAGAAAGAAUGGGAACGGUUAUUACAAAGGGAGGAGAUAUGGCAAAAGUUAGAGGCGAAGGCGGCUGCUAACCCGGCGAGUCGCACCAUUUUGCGUUCCACAGAGCCCCUUCCAGAGCUGCCGCCCAACGAUGUGACGCUUCCCAAGUUGGACUCGGAAACCAUUGAGGCGCGGAAACAAAGCUACAAUGCGAGCAAACCUCUACUUAGAAAAAAAUCCGAACUUCCGGCUGACACGUCAACAGUUAAAGCUCUUAUUGAGCACAAGCGAGCAGACCCCUUCCUGACCACUCCGCCUGAUGCCGAUUGCUAACGGGAACUGUGGCCUCGCAACGUACACGCGAGUUACACCUUUAACACAUACCAGUAUGAACUAAUUUACUGUGACGCUUGCUGAUGCUCAAUGUGAGACGGUUUUAACCAUUUUUAAGGAAAUGCGACUCGUAUCACGCGUCCAAAAUACGAAUAACGGGUAAUCUUCAUGUUGAAACUUACUCUAGAAGUCAAAAAACAACUUGUAACAUGUCGUAUUUUCCAAAAACUAAAAAAGGCCUUAUUAUGUCACAGUAACUAAAGUCACCAACCUUGCCCAGAUUUGACAAAACAACAUUGACUUGUCCACUGUCACACAAUAAAUAGCUUAAUAUAUUUGAAAAACGGGCAUAUUAUUGUGUAGUGGAUAUAGUCCGUUAAGAAUAUAAGACGUAUCAACUAACUCAAGGCUCUCAUGAAAUGUUUUCAUUAAAUUACCAUGCCAAAUUUACCUGGACUUGACACUUUAACUUAUAGUUAGAAUAUUGGCUUAAGUCAACAACACGGUGGGAAUAAUGGUUUUAGAAUAGGGGCAUUUUUAAAGUGUUGCUUUAUUAGGAGUAAGAAAAAAAAACCGAAAUUUGGGGUAAUUAAUUUUUCCAACAUCUUAGGUAUCCAAACUACUAAGACGUUGGGAAAAUUAUAAUGUUUUUGGAAGCAUCUUUAAGUCCAUCCUGUAGAUUUUUCAAUGUGUUUUAAAAUGUUAAAUAUCUAGCCAAAGUAACCUUAUUAAAGUCAUUCUUCUAACCGCGUGCGUAACCCUUUAAAUUUCACUGACGUAUUGCUGUGGUAACUACGUGCUAUUGAUUUUUGUACGCUUAUUACAGUGUACCCAAAAUUGAAUGAAUCCUCCUAUAAUGCAGCAUCAUUCUCAGUCGAUUGCAGACUGUCGCAAAAGCUGCAGACUGUCGCAAAAGCUGCACGACGCGUCUUUUACCUAAUAAAAAUGCGAAUAUCCGUCAGCACAAAGAGUAUACGGCAUUUGUCCCGCCAAGGUCACUUAUCCUUUAUAAAUUUCUUUUAAGCUUUACAAUCUCGUUACCCCUUGCCCUUUUUAUCUCUUCUUUACAGCAAGACGGUGUUAUAUAGUUAACAUUCAGUCGACCCACACGAUUUACCUUUUUUAUCCACGCUUUUGAUAAGAAACGCUAAGUUAUAGGGACCCUAUUUCGACUUCCGUGUUUCUUGAUAAUAACGUGAAUCAAAACUAAAUGGGCAUCUUAUGGAAAAUUGCGUUGCAAGCUAAACCUCAUCAAUUGCUCAAGAUCGUCAACCACGAGCCCAUUUUGCAUCUAAGAAUACCUUUCUUCUGACGUGGUUCGUAAAUUCAGUAGGUAAAAUAGUCGUUGCGUGCAUCUACUGUUGUGCUUGUUGCGCUUUUAAUGGUAAUCUGCAAUCAACAUUAAGUCACUUUAAAGUCACGUUUUGUGCUCGUAAAUAUCUAGAAAUCAAGAACUUUUACAUCUAUUUUUUAUUUUUUUAAUGUUUUAAAUGCUAGCCCAAACCAAUUACAAUAUAUGUCAAAAUACUACAUCGAAACUUGUUAUAGGACUGCUCAAAUACACCGACCCAAAGUAUGUUUUCGUUGAUUAUAUAUACGAGGGUCAUGGCCAAAUCAUUCAUAUGAUAAUAAAAUAUUAUAGUAAUGUCCUGUAAUAUAUUUAAUAAAUUAAACUUCAUUUCUGGCCUUGUGUCUUUGCGCAUGAUUAAUAAGAGGCAAAGAAACGAAGCGGAGCUAGGCCGACAGAAUUCGACGAUUCAGUCGCAUUUUUUUAAUUACUUUAAAAAACGAUGUACUACAUUUUAGUUGUCCGGUGCAGAGUUAAAGCGUUAUUUGUCACAAUUCGCUCAGUUCCGCUCCUCUCUCUUGCCCGAAGCAGUGGUCAAAUAGUCUAUACCCGUUUUCACUAACGACGAACUAGGCAAUGCUUAAAUAAUCGAAGGAAAUUCCUAUACAUCAACAUUUCAUCAGUAGUUAUCACCUAAGAGUUUGUGAAUCUAUUUUUUCUAUAGAUAUCACCUCAAUCAUUAGGCAUUCGAUUUAGGCGAUACCUAGGUUUAGUUGAAAAUGGGCAUUAGACUUUGUUUUUUUUGUCGUGCAAGUUGUAUAAUUUGGUCUCGACCCAUAGAUGAAUCUGCGUGUAUUUGCGGGGCAUGUUUUUCCAAAGAACUUGAGGAUUCGUAUCUGCACAGUCGACGAUAGCAUGCAAAGAAAACCUACGCAUUACCCUGCGUCCGUCAACUAUCAUGUCAACAUUUGACGGCCGAUUGGGGCAGUGGGCAGCGACCCUGUUUUCUGAGUCAAGGCCGUGGA